AUGCUCUCAGGAUUAAGAAAUCGUCUGAAAAGACACUCAUCUCAGGAGAAUGAGGACCCCUUUAGGGAAGAUGUGGACAGCCGGAGAAAAUCUAGAAGACCAAGAAAUACUGCUUUUAGACAACAACGUUUGAAGUCGUGGCAGCCAAUUUUAACACCUAGAACUGUUUUGCCUCUUCUUUUCUUGCUCACAGUGGUUUGCGUUCCCAUAGGACUUGCCUUUAUCAUAACGACGUACAAUAUUCAGAAGGUUGAGGUCAAUUAUAGUAAAUGCGACGAGUUAGCACAAUCAAGCUAUAAGGAUAUUCCUAAAAAGUAUUACGGUGUUCAUUUCAAGUCAAAAAAAGAAUCAUCUAUGCAAUGGAAAUAUGAUGACAAUGUGUGUACGAUUAAAUUUAAUAUCACAAAUGAUAUUAAGUCAUCAAUUUACUUAUAUUACAAGUUGACUAACUUUUAUCAGAAUCAUAGAAAAUAUGUUGAAUCAUAUGAUUGGGACCAGCUUCGUGGCGAAGCCGUUUCAAAAGGAGCAUUAUCUAGUGACUGUGGAAAAAUGAGAAUACGUGAUAACAAGAUCGUUUAUCCUUGUGGCCUCGUGGCUAAUUCUUUAUUCAAUGAUACAUUUUCAAAUCUGACUGGUGUAAGUGGUACAGAUGAUUAUAAAUUUAGUGCAUCGGGCAUAGCUUGGAAGACCGAUUUAGGCUUGUAUAAGAGGACGAAGUAUAAUAUCUCUGAUAUUGUGCCGCCUCAGAAUUGGUAUAAAGCUUAUCCAGAUGGGUACACCGAAGGCGAUCUUAAUGCUCUAGCGAAAAAUGAGAGGUUUAUGAAUUGGAUGAGGACUGCCGCACUACCAUCCUUUCUCAAACUUUAUGGAAUCAACAGUAAGGAUGUUUUGAAGAAAGGAACUUAUGAAGUUCAAAUACAAAUGAAUUAUCCCGUGACGAUAUUUGGAGGUACGAAAGCAUUUGUUUUAUCUACGUCCAGCAUUAUAGGAGGUAGAAAUAUGGGUUUGGGAAUAUGCUAUAUUAUUGUCGGGGCAAUUGCAAUCUUUUUCAUGCUCGCAUUUCUUGUUAAGCAUGUAUUUACGAAGAAGAGGUUGAAUAGGGCCUUUUUAGAUGAUCUAGGCGGUGAAGGAUUGGCCAAUGCCAGUAAUGGAGAGCAAACUGCAAGAGCUAUUUUGUGA